AUGGCAGCUGUUUCCCUGAGAGAGGGCGGUCCCGCUCUUAAAGGGCCGUUCGAUUUUGAGGACAGCCCGCUCAGUCGUUCAGCGAGACAGCCUUUACUAUUGGGCGUGUUUCUUGACCUGCUUGAUGCUAAGAAGUCUAGCUAUCCCUCGAGCAAUAGCUGGACGUUCGACUAUAAUGUCGAUAUUGUUCGCAAGGCCGAUGAAUUGGGGUUUGAUGUGGCCUUUAGCCGCACGCAAUGGCUACCCAAAGGCGGCUAUGACAACGAAGCGUCCCUCGAUGCCUUUAUUGCUCUUGGAGCCAUGGCUGCCGUGACAAAGAACAUAUUACUUAUCUCGACUAUACACGUUCUAUACGGGCCUCUUCAUCCAUUGCAUAUUGCCAAGUAUGGAGCUACACUAGAUCACAUUUCCAAAGGCCGCUGGGGUAUUAACAUCGUUACUGGGCAUCGUGCUAUUGAGCAUCAAAUGUUUGGUUGGAACCGCAUUGAGCAUGACAAGAGAUACGAGAUGGCAGCUGAGCUGUUUGAUGUGGUAAACAGUCUUUGGGGAGAAACUGAGAAUCUAACGUACGAGGGUCGCGUGUCUCCUUGGAAACUUGAGAACGCGUGGAUAACUCCAAAGCCCUUAUAUGGUCGACCGGUCCUAGUGAACGCUACGGGAUCUGCCGCCGGUAUUGACUUUGCAGUGCAUUACUCAGAUCUGAUCUUCAUCACCUCACCCGGAGGGGCCCAUAUCGAAAGCGCCCUGGAAACAUUACCCGACCAUAUAAGCAAGAUAAAAGACGCUGCCAAGGCCACUGGUCGCACUAUAAAAACUCUGAUCAACCCCAUUAUUGUCUCACGAGAUACGCGCGAAGAGACCGACACGUACUUAAAGAACAUUGUCGAUGGUAUGGCAGAUAUCGCGAAGGACGUGAAAUUCGGAGGCAACCCUAAAUAUGACAGCGAUGCGCAUGCUUGGCGUGGUCGACAAGAUAAGAGCCAUAAGCAAGGAUACAACCUCGGCGGCAACAUAGAAAUCAUUGGCACCCCCAAAGAAGUGGUGGAGCAGCUUGCUGCUCUGCAUCGCAUUGGAGUUGACGGCGUGCAGCUUGGCUUUUACGAUUGGAAAAUCGAUUUAGAUCAUUUCGCGCUAAAGAUUCUCCCACUGCUCAAAGAAGCUGGUCUCCGCGUAGAUUGA